AUUGGAGGCUGGCAGAUGCAGCGUUUUGAUCUGUCAAACUGAACCGUGUUGCCGUACUAAUGACAGUUGUUGGAACAACAAGGUGUUUGGUUUCUAGGCUGUCUGCUGUCUCUCAAGAAUUUUGUUGAAUGGCCAGCCUUCAACAGGGGAUGGAUGUUGGGCCAAGCAGCCAAAGACAAAGACGGAUGAGCAGUGGCGAGUUUAUCACCAGUUUCUAUUUUGUUUUGGUUCUUCCAGUUUCGCAUGCGCUUUACAUGCGUUUGUUAUUUUGUAGCGCGAGUUAACAUUCCUCUCUCCGCAACCACAUGGAGAGAACGAGUGAACAUUCCUCUCUCCGCAACCACAGGGAGAGAACGAGAGAACAUUCCUCUCUCAACAGCCACCGAGAGAGAACGAGAGAACAUUCCUCUCUCCACCGAGAGAGAACACAGACCCGGGAACUGUAAGAAUAGCGCGAAUGGAACAACAAGAUCGCCAACGCAAGAACUCUGACAAGGACAGACUACUCUUUAUAAUAAUCUUCUUUUUAAUCUUCUUUAUAAUAAAACAUUAUUCUUAUUUUGAACUCCAAACAACCCAGUCAUUUUAUUUGCAAGCCUUCAGCAUUUAAAAAAAGCGACAAUCUCAUACGAGAUCCCCUCUACUCCCUCGGACACGACACUGUAACUGGCGCAGCCGGACUACGAACAAGGGAUUAACCAUGCCCACUACGCUUAUCGUUCCAAUUUUCCUUGUAGGCUGAGGUGAGUGACAACGGUGCUCGUGGAAACUUUUAGUAGUGAGAUAGUUACACAUAAUACGUACUUAAAAGAGAGAACAACUGUAAAAGGAAAUAAAACAUAAUAACGUGCAAGUGCAAAUGGGAUUUCAGGAGUGAGCGAUACACAAAAAUGUUCAAAUAAAAUAAACGAAACAAACGAAAUCAAAUUCUAAAUACCAUGCAAGCGACCGUAUAUGUGUACAUCAAACGCUGAUAAGGCACCGGGUUUGCUUGUGUGGGACAAUUUACAACUAUUAUACCAACAAGCAAGAAAUAGAUCAGUCGAACAUUAGACUUCGUUGUGACCAGAACUCUCUGCGUAGGAACAAAAAAAAAAUAACGUGCCCUCAAAUAUCACCGAUUCGCCAAUAUCACAUCAAUCGCCGACAACGCAAAGGGACAAUCCGCACACAGUGGUUUACAAGUUGUUUGAAGUCGAUAAAACAACAACAAAGGUGGAAGCAAACACAGUAACACUAUACGAAUGGCACAGGGAAGCAAGGAAAAGAGGGAACUGCGUAUCGGAUACGUACUAAAGGUUUUCUUUUACUUUAUAAUAUACAUACGGAAUAUACUGUAUAUAAUAUAUAUACAAAUAUAUGUAUACAUAUAAGUAGAGAAACCGUAUAUACAUAAAAUACAUAACAUUUUCUUGCACCCAAACAUAGAUACAUAUAUGUACAUGGUAUCACAUAUUAUAGUACACUAUAUUACCACAUUAAUAUACAAACGAAGUUGUGUAGUAAACAAACACACAAAAUUUAUCCUAUACUUAUACAUCUAAAAAAAAAAAAAAAAAAAAACAUAUACUCUUAGCAAUUUAUCGACUUCCACAAACACAAGCCUGAAUCUACAACAGCUACUAGCCCUUGUUCAUCAACUACCCACUUACGAAGGCCCACCUGACAACCUUGAUAGAUUUGUUAGUAGAGUAGAACAGCUACUUUUGUUAGCCAGAUCAGUGGACCAAGCAACUUGCGGACAAUACUUACUGGGAAUCAUCCGUGACAAAAUUAAAGGUAGGGCGGAUGAGGCGCUGAGUGUCUGCGAUGUACUCCUCAGUUGGGAUGAGAUCAAAGCAAACCUCAAGCGACUAUACUCUAGCAAAAAAACGGAAGAAAUGCUUGUUAGAGAGCUACAUAACCUUCCGGAUGGACUCAGUAUGGGAAAACUAUAUUACUCAGCCACUAAAAUAAGAAGCGAAUUAAUGUCCCUGGCCAGGGAAGCAGACCCUAGUGGACACUCGAUCACAGCCAAACGUGACCAGUAUGACAGAUUCUGCCUAAAUACAUUCUUAGUUGGAUUAAAGGACCCACUUAGGUCAGCCAUUAGGAACCAAAGACCAGAGACAAUCGAGAAAGCGUACGAGUACGGACAGAUCGAAUUAAACUUCUCUAGAAACCUGAAUAAGGACCAAGAAAAUCAACGACACGACAGCUCGACAUACAGGAAUCACCCAUACGCAAAAGGACAACCAACCAAUAAUGACUAUAAUAGACGCUACAUAUCAGGACAACAGAAUUAUAAUAAUGGCAACAACGGCCGCCACGUACCACGACAUGAUAACACCAACAACGACAAUAAUAGUCGCUUUACACAGCGACAACAAAAUUUUAACAAUGAUAAUAGACGCUUCACACGUGAAUAUAAUUCCAAUAACGAUAGUAAUGGUCGACACGAUAGACAAACUCUGGGUAGGAACCCCUUCCACAAUAACAACAAAUCAGAUCAGACCCUAAACCACCAAGACAAAAACAACCAUAAUCCAAACGCUCCCCUAUGUAACAUCAACGAUGUUGCAAAUUUUUCACUAGAAGCCUCGGGAAACCAGUCGGUUACAUAAGCAAGAAGAGUCACGGAUCUUCAUUGCCAUUUGUUUUCCUAUCACCAAACUCCAUGGUGUCAAAACCUCUCAAAUUUUUAGUAGACACUGGAUCUACCUACUCAUUCAUAAACCCAGCACUUAUUAACGAAGACCGCAUCAAAAAACUAACCUCCGAUAUAAAUAUCCACACUGUACUCAGUACAUUCGAAAUUCAGAAAUAUACAGAUGAAAUAAAUUUCAAACAGUUCAAACAAAUUC